UUAAAUAAUUUUGUUAUUUAAAUGUCAUUUGAUUAUUAUUGAUAAACAUUUUCUCUUUAGGAUUAUAAGGUAAUUACUUAGUUUGUAUCUAUUGUGAAUACAGCUAUCCUUAAUAUUCAAUUAUUUUAUGCUAGAGCACAAUCACACACACAUGCAAUAGCGCAUAAAAUGUACUAUUGUACAAAAUUUUGACAUUUAAAAUGUCUUAAUAUUUUCAAACUUUUUUGAAAUGGAAAUAUAAAAUCUGCCAAAAAGAUGUAUUUGAUAACAAAAUUAAUAAGUAAUGGGAGACAUAUAUAAUAUAUAAGAAAUACUCUGAUAAUUAUGACUUUACCACCACUAUUUAGCUGUCACUUCCCAACGUAUGUCAAAGACUGUUCUAAUCACGAAAUAGAUGUGUUGUGGUAUCACUCUGAUUUUACGCAAAGCCGUUAUCCACCAGGACAAGAAAUAAGCGAAGCUUGUACACUAAUAUGUUUGCUUGUGGCCGUACGAAUAUCAAGAGAACAUUUAUUGAUUCACGAUAUAGAAAACUGUUCGAAAUUGAAUAUCAUUGUAGCAGAAGCGAUGAUAGAGGGUAAUGCGAUUCAUGCGUGGCUUAUUAAGGAAAGACUUAUAUCGCAUCCAUAUUUGAGUACUGAGGAAGCUUUGAAAUACGGGGGUAAAAGCCUAAACGAAUUAAAAGAAUGGAAAUUUAAUGUCUUUCACGAGGAAAUAGGAAUAAGCUUGUAUAAAAAUAUAAAUACAUUUUUAUAUGAAUGGUAUAAAACUCCAAAAUCUCAUACUUUAUUUAUGCUGCUCAUCACAUGCGGACGCACUAUAUUAUUCAUAUUUCAAGAAAUUACCUAUAAAGUAAUGUUAUUUGAUUCACACAGUCACAUCACUGCCAGUAAUUCAAAUCGCGGAUUAGUCAUUGCUCAGACAACUAUUGAUAGAUUGGAAUCGCUAUGCAAUUGGUAUACCGAAAAAGUAUUAAAAAAUUGUUACAAUACACAAGCUAAUAAGUAUGAAUUAGCUUUUUUAUAUUCCUACAAUGCAGAAUGCAGUAAUAAUCAUAGAGCUUUAUGCGAAUGUCAACAAUUCUGUAAAAUAUAAUUUAAAUAUAUAAUUAUAAUUAUAAAUUUCUAUAACUGAAUACUGAGGUA